GUGUGAGCGGUCGCUAACUGUGCGCCUCGUUCUCAUUCAGUUUUCCUUACUGUUGUCCGUAAAAGAUUUCGCCUGUUUAUGUUUACAUGACGUUGUUGACAUUCCGUCUACGUCCCAGUUCAUCACAUAUUUUUAUCAUCAACCGAAUCUAUUCAAUAUUAUUAUCACCUACAUUCCUACCAAGAAUUGCUCAUUUCGGAAACAUGUCUUCUUAUGAGGAUUGUAAAAAAGUCGCUGCUUAUGCAGCUGUGAACCACCACGUUAAUGAUAACCAAGUGAUCGGCAUUGGGAGCGGGUCUACUAUUGCUUAUGCUGUGGAAAGACUUGCUCAACGUGUGGAGGAAGAAAAGCUGACAGUCAAAUGUGUACCAACGUCUUUCCAGUCUCGCCAACUAAUUAUGCAAGCAAAUUUACCACUUAGUGAUUUGGAGAGAACACCUGAGUUAGAUAUAUCUAUUGAUGGAGCUGAUGAAGUUGACAGCCAACUGAAUUGCAUCAAAGGUGGUGGUGCAUGUCAGUUCCAAGAAAAGAUUGUUGUCUCAUGUGCGAAAGACUUUAUAAUUAUUGCCGAUUACAGAAAAGAUUCUGAAAACCUUGGUCAAAAGUGGAAGCGUGGAGUCCCUAUUGAAGUCUUGCCAGUUGCUUAUCGACCAGUAAAACUAAAAAUUGAAGCUAUGCUAGGUGGAGUGGCUAAACUACGAAUGGCUGAGCACAAAGCUGGCCCAAUUGUUACUGAUAAUGGUAAUUUUGUCCUUGAUUGGCUAUUUGAAGAACACGCUGACUGGGUAGAGGUGAAUACUGCAAUUAAAUUGAUUCCAGGUGUUGUCGAAACUGGUCUGUUCUUGAAUAUGGCGAAAGUAGCAUAUUUUGGCAAUGCUGACGGCACAGUAAAAGUACGCAAAGCACCUGGUGUGCAGAAUUGCUGCUAAUAUGUAGUCUAUUCUGUCAAAUUGAAGCUAGCGGUUCUAAUAAAAAGGAAAAGAAGGAAAGAAAAAUAGCCUCAAAAUCUCCAUAUUACCAUACCCUCAACAUUUUUAUUUAUUUUUUUAAUUGUAAAAUUUAGUGAAAUUUUAUGAAUAAUCAUAUUCAUUUACAUUUCAUCUUUUCUUUCUUUCUCAGUUAUAUACAUUAAUAAUCUACUUCUUCAUAAUGUUUAUAUUGUCUAAAACUACUUUUAUAUCUGUGUCUGGCUAUAUUGAUAUAACAAGGCAUGUUUCUCAGCCUGUUAAUGAUAAGCUUUUAUUAUCUUAUGAGAAUGCCCUCCCCAUUCUUUCUCCUCUCUACCCCUGACUGCCACUAUAGCCUUAUUAGGCAUUUUCCCCUCAUAAACACCACUAUCAAAGCUACAAUUAGUAGAAUAUUUUUGUUUUUAAAAAAAAAACUAAUUAUAUCCUGUACAAACAGCCCUCAUAUUAACCUGUCCUCCUCCCAUGAUAGUUACAUUCAUGGCUUAUCCUAUAGACUAUCGUGGCUACAAAAUAUCAUUUUGGCUUGAUCUGCUGCAUUCUUUCCCAGCUAGCCUUUUAUUUAAUGACCAGUAGGUUGGCAGAAUCAGGAGAGCAUCAGACAAAAUUCCUGCAAUAUUUAGUUUGCAGCUCUUUACAUUCUGAGUUCAAAUCCUGUCAAGGCCAGUUUUGCUUUGUAUCCUUCCAGGGUCAAUAAAAUUAAAGUUAUCAUUUGAAUAUUGAGAUCGAUUUAAUAUUCAUAUAAUAGAGAUGUUUUGUGUGUUGUUAACAUGAGAGUUUUGGCCCUAUCUAUUGAAAUCCAAUCAGAAUCAAUUUAACUUUUCAUUCCUCUAGGGUUAGUAAAUGAGGUAGCAGUAAUAUACAGGAGGGGUUGAUUCAGUCAACACUGCUUAUUGUGUGCAUGGACGUCCAGGUGUGGUGGUUGAGUUUAAAUCUAUCAUCAUUGUUUGUUUGUCAGGUACCUGCUCAGCUUUGUGAAAUUUGUUACCAAGAAAAUUGUUUAGUUAGUAACUGUCUAAAUUGUAUAUAGUUGCAUGAAGUGUAUUGUGAAUGUGUCGAGUCAGUUUUUUUUAUAGUCUUUUAAAUACAUACAAUGGAAUAGAUUUUUGUUUAAAGACAUGUUUACAAUGUGAAUGUCUGUGUUAAAUUUAUGGAGCCAUUAAUUUUUAAAAAGUUUUAUAGAUGUUUCAUAGCUGACGUCUUAAAUCUGGACCAAUUAAUUGAUCAUGAAUAAUUUUAAAAUGUUAUGCAUAGUUGCUCAAAAUAGUUUUUAAAAAGAUAUAUGUAUGCCCAAAUUUAAUGAAGCAGUUGCUUGGUUGGUUACUAUGUUGUAGAAAAGUUUGUGUUUAAUUAACACCAUGACUAGUUAGCUUAUAAAAAUGUUUGAAUCUAUUGAAAGUGUUUUUUUUUUUCUGUUUUUGUAUGUUCACUAUCAUAACCUUUAUUCUUCACCCAAGACAUUGAAACUUUGAUCAUGCUGUCUUUUCUGUCUUUAUUGAGAUUACAUUAGAUAAUGUCUCUUUUCCUUUUUUAGAUAAAUUUUGCUGCUGUUUCUAACAGGUUGAGUAACUAUGAUGAGGCUCUCCUGUUAGUCACAAUGUUGUUGCUGUUUAGCUCUAAGUUAUCCUUGAUUGAACAGGCCUAUGUUCAAAGGCAUUCCAAUCAUAAUCAUCCCUGUCUCUUUUUUUCUUUUUAUCCCCUAAAUGGAGAUUUGGUUGCUGUUUCUAGCAAGUCAAGUAACCAUGUAGAGGCUGUCUCACUGAUUGCAGUUGGAUUUUUUUAGUAUGGCCGAAGAUCUUUCUCUGCAUGUCUUCUAGCAGGUUGUAGCUAGACGUCUUCAGUCAAAUAGCACAAUGCUAUCAUCCAUCAUGUUCUUCAGUAAUUAAAAUUAUUAAUAUUUGAUUUGUGCUUCACUUCUCAUAACUCUAGUUUUUUGGUUUUCUCUGUAAAUUUUCUUGUGCCAUACAACAAUGAAAAUUCCCUAAAUGUUUACUUCAUCAGAAUUAUCUCUUUACAUGACUUUUUAAACAUUUUGUUCAGAAAGUACUUUCAUUUCUUUUCCUUGUCAGACAUAAAGGGGGAAAAAAAAAAAUUGUGUACUUCGUUAUUUCUGCGUGUGUGUGAUUAUCGGUAGUAUGUAUUUUAAGUAUUAACUAUGGUUUUGUUUAUCUCUAAGUGUGUGAUUAAGAACAACUUUAAAUAAAAUAACAUUACUUAAGUUAAUCUUGUCUUGUUUUUAAUUAAAAAUUAUCUUAAGCAAUAUUUUCAUCUCAUUUAGGUAUUCUACGUUAAUGUGUUUAAUCUAGUAGAUAAAUUUAUAAAGUUGUCAUAUCUAUGAGGCUGUUCUUUAUUUCUAUUAAUUUUUAAAAUAUUUAUCAUUUACAAUAGUCAUGUAAAGCUCCUUUCUAGCUUCAAGAGUAAAGAAGAACAAUUUUGGCAUGCUUCUCAUUUUUCUCUGGUAGUACCAAUACAAUUCUGCACUACAGUUUUCCAUGAACUUUUAAAUUUUGGAUCAGAUCCAAGCAUGUGAGGUUGUACAUUACCUGUAGAUGAAAGAAGUCAAAAUUCAAGGAAAUAUGAAGUGGAUAACAUUAAUGUUUAAAAAAAUAUUAGAAUUCUCAUAGUCACUUUAAAACUAUUUAGUUAUCCAAUAGAUUUUCUUUAUCUGGUCAACAUACACUACUGCAAGUCUUUUUCUGACACAGUAAUGUUUGUUAGUAAUUUUUUUUUUCCUAGUAGUUUAGCAUAGGAAGUGAAGUACUUCCUAAUCUCUUUUUAGAACCUGACGAACUAGUGAAUUUCACAGACCAACAACUUGGCCUGAAUAGGCACUCAAAGGCUGGGUGUUAGGUUAAGUGUAGUUUUGUUACGCAAUGAAAAUGAGGAGUUACAUUCAAUUUUCUUUGUCAUUGUUCCUGUUUGAUUCCAUAAACUUUUAUAUGUAUUCUUUUAUAUCUUAACUCUUCAUACAUGCAUUAUAUGUAUGCACAUGGAUGUGUGUUUGUAUAUAUAUAUAUAUAUAUAUAUAUGUACACACACAUAGACCUAUACACAUAUAUAUGGCUGUAUACAUAUAUAUAGAUAUAUACAUGUGUGUGUGUGUGUGUAUAUAUAUAUAUAUAUACACACACAUAUACAUAUGCAUACAUAUAUAGUUAUCUGUAUAUGAAAAUACAUAUGUGUGUGUAUGUGUGCAUAUGCUGUCAAAUGUCCCUCAAAAAAGAAAUCAUCUAGCAGAAUAAUAAAAUUUCCCAAAACAUUGUGUACAACCAAAGGCCAAUAUGUCUCAAAAUUCUAUAUAAAUAAAACAGACUCUGGUUAAAUUAAA